AUGGAGCGUAAUACGAUAGGUCUGUAUCUUGAAUUCUUGACUCUCAUAGAAUCUGAGGAAUUCAACGAUAAUUUAAUUUCAGUAGAAUCACUGCAAGACUUGACAGAUGCGCUGGCGCACUCUUUGCACCAACAAGAUUUUUGUGUUGAUCUACCCAUGAACUUGGGGAUGGACGUGGACUCAUUUUACAAUAAGCUUGGGAGCUCAGAUAACGAUUCCAAAGAGAGCUUGGGUAGACCUAAAACAGAAGAAUACGAAGUUUUGCUCAAAAAUUCAUGUAACUCGUGUUCUUCAAUCACAGGUACCGUAUCAGUACCGGUGUUUAAAGAGAUCGAAAGAUCUAGCGUCAACAUUCCUCCUGCCGACCAGAAUAUAGAAGAAGACUUUGAGAAUAUGGGUUGCUAUACCUCUGAAUCAGAUGACUCGGAAGCUGAGGAAUCUGAGCGAAUGUUUUCGAAAAUAAAUCCAGUUGUACCGGGUUUGUUUCCGUCUAUGAAUAGUAGCGAUAAGAAGCAGUUCAUGCGCCCUAAGGAUCUACCGCUCCUUCCUUCACAUACUUGUGAUUAG